UGGUAUAAUUGUGGAACUCUGCCUAACAUGGCAUUAUUCAGGUCCUUGGCAAAGAUUCUGACUCCCUCAUGGUCCAGGUGUACAUGGUCGUACAGGUGCUCACAUAUCAGGGUGUGAUGGUGAGAGAUGCUGACAAAUGGUAGUGAGGAGCAGUCCAUGGUGAUUUUUUUGUUGUUGACAUUUUGGAUCAUUUGCCAUGGGAGAACUUUCCUUGGUAGAAGGAUGGAUAUAAUAAUGUUUGUCCGUGGGAACAGGGUGUGUGCUUUCUAUGCCACCUUUCUCACUUCCUCAGCCACUCUUUGUCCUUUUGUGCUCAGGUCCUUUUGUGCUCAGGUCCUUUUGUGCUCAGGUCCUUUGUCCGAGUAUGUAUGACAAGGAUGUCAGGUUUUUCCUGCUUGACUUGAUAGAGCAGUUGAAGUGCACUGUCAGUAGUGGGCCAACAUCAUUUAGAUGUCUGGUGUCUCGGAAAUAGUCUCCUAUCUUCCAGAUACUUUCCAUUAGAGUCUAUCAGAACUGCAGUUUUGGGAGGUAUCCUGGGUUGAACUGGAUCCUGUCCUCUGGAGUUCUCUGUGCUUCCCAGCAAUCAGUCCAGUCUGAGAUUCAGCAGGUGAAAGGCAUCGUGGGACAGUCUUUCUCUUUUCAAGAGAGGGUGAUCAAGUCUGGCAAUUUACUUUAUGGAGAACUUGGCAGUAUUGCAAAUGUGUACCCUGGUAAACGAGGCAAAAUCACCCUUGAGAAGAGAUUUGAAAACCGCCUCCACUUGAACAAUGUUACAAGAUACUUCACUCUGUCAGCCCUUCAGAUAGACGAUGCUGGGGUUUAUACUGUUGAGAAUACAGAUGAAUGGAAAAAAACUAAAAUUCAGCUCACUGUAUACAAUGUUGUUUCCAAACCUCAGGUGACAGAGUGUGACAGCAGCUCCUGUAGUGUGGUGUGUUCUGUGGACAAUAAAAAAGAGGUGACCUUGACCUUGUACAGGGGAGACGAAAUACUAAACCAGACCAGCAGUCCUGAUCUCACCACCGAUCUCUCUCUCCAUUUGGAGGUAGAGGUAAAGAACUACAACUCCACCUACAGCUGUGUGGCUUCCAACCCUGUCAGCAAUGAGACAGUUCUUGUCCCAAAAUGUUGCAGUGAACAUGGUCAUGCUAAUGAUGCAGACAGUGGCGAGAGGACUCGGGGUGUGCUUAUUAUUGCUGUAAUAUGCGUCUUGGUUGCCUCAGGGCUGGUUGGAAUUGCAAUCUAUCGAAAGAAGAGUAGAAAUGGACACUCACAAGGCAGAUUCAUCUGAAAGAGUGCAAGUUGACAUUAAUUAUGCAUCGAUAAAUCCUAGAAGAGAUAAUCAGGAGGAGCGAACACAUAUACCAGAAUUGUAGUCCCAUAGAGACAACCCUACUCUGACAUCAGUUUGUGAUACACUCCUGUUGCAUCGCAUGGCUGCCAGCGAGGAUGUUGACACAGCAUGAAGGAGAAAAACAGGAAGUCAAUGGGAGGCCAAAAUGAUAACUCACAUUCUGUAGAGGACAGUAUAUCAUAAAGAGGAUGUUGGAACUAAAUGAAAGUUAAAAAAUAUUCAUUCUAACAGCCUUUUAGAGGCACAGUUGUUAUGGGAGAAAAAUCCCCUGGAACUGUUGAGCUGAUAUUAUAAUUUCAGGCUUCCUUUGUAGGUCAUUCUCACAGACCUUCUGUCAAAUAGGGGCCUCGGUUACAUCCUCUGAUACUGACCAAUUCAAUAAUUAUGCAUUGAGUUGUUAGCAUGAUCAGGAUAAUCCGUCUUUUAAAAUGCCUUUUGUCCCAAAUCCCAAUGUAUAAGUUAAAUUAAAUGGAACAUAUAUUUUAAUACAAUUCACUAGUGUGUUUGCUAUGCUACUGCUAUGCCAAAGCUUCCUUUCAGUACUGUCUGUUCUGUUGUUUAAAUGUAGGUGCCUCCCCUGUAUCGUUUUUAUAGCUGGUCAUUGUUUAGCUUGCCAGUGGAUAGCUGCUGUGUACAUAAUAUAAAAAGAGCAGGUGUUUGAGAUAAAGCCACCUACUCCUUAGAAGCAAUGGCUGUUAGGCUGCUUUAGAAACACAACGGUCCAUAGAUACACGUUUUCCUUUCACCGUGUAUGUUGUAUUCAAACAUUUCUGAGGGGCAGAUCUUGAUUUUCCAUUUGAUAUUGAGUGACAUGUUCCUCUUCUUAUCGCUAUUCACAAAAUGUAGGUCUGGGCUAAAUUGAAGCUCUUCAUUAGCUUGUUUAGUUUAUUAUGAUGGACCAUUUAUUGGUUGUCCCUAUCUAUGAAGCACAUCCUCCCUUAAGAAUACAAUCACUCCCUCCUGCAGACUCUGUAGACUCUGUAGACUCUCCUUCUAUCAGAGCAUGUUGUGCUCCACCUAUAUUAGUGCAGCCUUUGUAUAUGCCUGUGCCAGCACAGGUUACUGUCCCAAAAAUACCAAAUCUGUUGAUACCAUAGUGAGUUGUUACACUGUAGGCAUUGUUAUACUUCUCUAUUUCAGAGUAGUUCCUGAGACUGAAUAUGAAGAUAUGAUUCACUUUUCACUAUUUUAAAAUCAUCUAUAGACUUAUUCCAACAGAUCAAAAAUCAACAUGUUGUACUGAGCUUCAAUAUGUCAAAUCAAAGACUUACCCAUACAUUUAAUUUAAAGUCAUCAAAUGUGUAUAUUUCCUGAUGUUUAACAGUCAUCAAUACAUAAUAUAAUAAUAAUAAUAUAUGCCAUUUAGCAGACGCUUUUAUCCAAAGCGACUACAUCAAUGCCCAUGCUUGAAAUAUGUUAAUGUUUUACAUAAUCUAGCACAACUCAAAAUAUGAUGGUAGAUUACUCCAUUCCCCAUUUAUGUUUUUGUUGUCAUUUAAAUCUGCGUAAACAAAUCAUGUAUUGCUUCAGAAUACCUGUGUAAACUGUCAUUCUUUGAAUCCAUAGCUGCUUCUAUGAGUUUGAGAGUGUAAAGAUUUCUCCAGAGACAUUUCUCCAGAAACACAACUCCAGAUUGUGGUUUUAAUGUAGCCUACUUCUAGGGUCAAAUAGGAGAGACAACUGUAAUUGGUUGGUGGAUUCUCUAUUUAGUGAGUUUAAGUGUGUGACCUUUUGUCCUGUCACUUUUCAUGCCAGACAGCUGUACAUUUCAAAUGUAAAAACAAUUAUGACUGUAAACAGUGAAUUACUACCUUUUUAUUUAAGUCCUAUAAUAUUUCCAGCUUUGUUUUGAGAAAACGUUGGCCUUUUCUUCCAAUCCUUUUCUCCCAUCUGGUGGUUGAAUGUUUUUAUACUUCAGUAUACUGUAUACUGUACAUAAUGCACAGUGUUUCGCUCUGAGACAGUGUCCUGUAAAUUGUGUAAGUGUAUCUGAAAUCAUGUGCAACCAAUAUGUUCUCUAACAACCUUUCUGUGCUUUAGACUGUAGUCAUGCAUUUUUGUGCCAAUGUGCCAUUACUAUAACAUUAUUGUGAGUAAAAAUUAAAACAUUUGUCAAAUAUGCCAUGUCGAUGCUAUUUGGUAGCAAAACAUGAGAGCCUCAUUUAUCAUUCUGUGUAUUUAUGUUAUUUAUGUUUGUUUUAAUAUUGUAAUAUUACUGUAUUCUUAUGUUUGUAUUAUUUAUAUGUUGUGGUAGAGUAUAAUAAUGUUGUUAUGUACUGUUUUAUUUCGUAUGUAAUUGCGUAAUCGUGAUUGAAUCCCAGGAAGAGUAUUUAAUAUGGACCUGGAAUAAAUACAAAUAGAAACGUUAUGUAUUAUAACACGAAAUUCAGAUUGCGCAACAUUGUACUUUGUUCAACUCCAAUGUUUCGUUACAGGAAAUGAGUAACCUUCCUACAGUGGUUCCUCCUUUACAAAUUGCGAGUUUACACCGCGGGAUUUAGAGCUAUAAAAAACACACAUUCGUUUUCAGUCUGUAUCAGCAUGGGCAACGUGGUGAGUACCUUUACACUUUUAAUUUAAUUCCUGAUCUAUAGCAUAACUCCAAUAAGUUUUGAACUGAAAUCAUGGACGUGGGGUACGGAAGCCCGUGGGGUACGGAAGCAAUCCAUGUGUGAUUUCAAGCAAUAACGACACUGGAUUAUAGCUCCCGUUAUAACUGAUUAUAGCUCCCGUCCGCCCACUCUAAAUUGAUGAAAACGCGUUUUGUGAUGAAAUGUAACUUCCUUAUGAUAUAAUAUACAUUUGACCAAGUCAAAAAUGAUUAUUCAUGUUCUGAGUCGUUCAGUGGGGGUCUUUCUCUAAGAUAUAAUUAACAUUAUACAAAGAAAAAAUGGAUUUGAACACCGAACUCUGUUGACAGAGCGGUAGUGUUUUCUCGCAGUAAGUUUUCAGGGUUUUGUGUUGGUCCUCUGCGAAAUUGAUUGUGAGAAAUAUUCGAAAAAGAACAGGAAUUUUUGUAUGAAAGACGUACAGUAUAAUAAAAUAUGAAAAUACUACAUGGCAUGUUUUUAUGUCCUCCAGAUUCGAGAAGAAAAAUGAGGUCAACAGUGAGCCUGUCAAUUAGCCUAAUUCUCUCACAGCAUUCAGCUCAGCUGACACAAUGCUAUUUUCCCGAUGUUUUACCGCUUUCAUUCAUUUUCAUUCCAAACAUGGGUUUGGACCAUUGGUUUUCUUAAGAGGAGUAUCUACACAAUUAACAUACUAUUUUACCCAUUGGUCAAAAUAUGUGUUUUUGAUUGGACACUCUAAUGACAUAAAUUCAUGUAAUAGUCCACUCCAUUACACUCAAAAGCUAUUUAAAUUUCAACCAGUGGAUGCUAACGAUGGCUAGAUAUGCUAGCUAUUCUACCAGUCUCUCUUAAGAGUGUUAGCAAACUAACAGCACACCCUGCAUUCACAUUUAUUUUUAAGGGAUCUGCGGUAGGUUGAUAACGAUAUCACCAAAGUAUGUUGUGUCAUGAGUAAACAGUCAUGGUAUUUAAUGUUAGAGAAUGAACAAGAUUUAACAAGGCAACCUUGAGGCUAAUUUGACUGUGUGCAAUGCAGUAGAGAGGUGUGGCUGCUGUGAAACGUGACUCCAUGAGGAACUAACAGAGGCCCGACGUUUGUGACGUCACCACAUUUUAUUAAAUAAAACCCUUGACCUAUCAUUUGGUAAAAAGUCUUUCCUCCGUGACCCGGAAAACCGAUGUGGUCAAGGAGAGUCUCAAUUCGUUAGUAGGCAAACGGAACAUGGUCCUCCCCUCCUUGAUAUCCUCCUUUUGGCGAGGACGCACAAGAGAAUCCUACCAGUUCUCUAAAGAGUUUUGACAUCUGCCACACCCCAUUUGAAUCAGCUGUUGUUUUCUUGAAGGAGAAAACCAUGAAAACAUUUAAACACGAUAUGCUUACGUAUCCUUUUGUGUAUAAAAUGUCUUGAACAUCUAGCUAGAUUCAUUAUUAUUACAUUCAAGCGUAUUCUCGUCCACUGUCAUUUGAGAAAAGCCCCCCCUUGUGUUUACGGUAGAGACGUUCAGUUUAUUUGCACGGGCUGCGUCGCAUUCCACUGAAUCUGCCUUUAUCGGCAAUUCGCAUAUGUGGUGGAAAGGCACUUGUCAGCGUCUUUAUUAGCCAGACCCUCUGUUGAAUCUCAGGUUUGAACUAUUAGCUGCGAAUCAGGGUUGGGCUCAAUUCGGAUUUUUGGAAUUGAUUCAUAUGUUGAAUCAAUUCCUAAGUGGUGUAGAAUUUGAUUAAUUGACAAGAUUGUCAAAUGACCACUUGUCAACAAUGGAAAUAGAUGUCCUCAAACAUGGAAGGCGGGUGGGAGGAGGUGACAUCAGGUGGGAACAUUCUAUACAGUGAGAGGGGCAGAUACAUGUGUGAACAACAGGCCAUAGAGACAGACAGAGGACUCAUUCAAAUAUUUUAACUCUUGUUAAAUAAAGGUUAAAUAAGGCAAGACAGUUAAGAACAAAUUCUUAUUAACAAUGACGGCUUAUCCCGGCCAAACCCAGACGACGCUGAGCCAAUUGUGCACCACCCUAUGGGACUCCCAACCACAGCCAGAUGUGAUACCGCCUGGAAUCAAACCAGGGCCUGUAGUAACUCCUCUUGCACUGAGAUGCAGUGCCUUAGACUGCUGCGCCACUCGGGAGCAUCUUUGUAUCUGUGCCAUUAUAGCAUCUGUAACCGCAUGGGCAGCACCAUUAAUGCUGUCUCUAUUUUAAAGUAGUCUGUUUCCUUCUUCUUCAUUGGCUGAUUGCUUCCAUCUCAUAGGAAUCCUCACCCAGUUGACUACUUUAAAGUGGUUGAAGCCCUCAAUGGCAAUGUCCAUGCUGAAACAGGUUAUAUCAAUGAUGAGUCCUCUAUCUAUCUCUAUGACAACAGGCACAACUCAGUUAGUCAUUUUUUUUCAAAGUUGCCAAAAUGCCACGUGUCCACUUAUGUGCAUUCAUAACAACCUAACCAUUACAACAUUUCUGUUCAAUCAAAUAAGUCUCGCGUAGCAAAUUAGCAAUUACAUUUUUGUUGACCAAAUUCGACACCCUCAUUGACCUCAAUACAAAAUAUUCUCACUUUGUGGGCUUAUUUUUGUGGACAGAAUAUAGAAUAGAAGAGGCAUUUUUAUUUCACCGAGUUCAAUUCUAUUUCCUUUAAUUCAAUUCCAUAUCCUGUUUACUACUUCGAUUGGAAAUCAAUUAAAAUUCAAUAAUUUAAUUGGAAUUUAUCAGACAUUCUCAAAUCAAUUCUGAAUUGAGCCCAACCCUGUUUCCUGUGGAAGAUUGACAGUAUAAUUUAAAACAACUGAUAUUCCCAUUCGGGUCAGCAUUCUCUGAUGUGACCCUCCAACCAUCUUUUGAGGUACCAUUUGAAAGUUGAAAUGUCUAUUGUGUUCUCAUUUUAGUACAUUUAACAGACAACAUGACUCCCACCCUGUAUUCAAGAGCAUGCUGAAUUGAGCCCAACCCUGCUGUGAAUCUCUUCCGGGAGGAAAUCACAAGUGUACCCCAGUCCAACCCCACAGAUUGUGACGUCAGCCUGGCUCAGACUGCGAUGGAGGAUUCUGGCCAACAAGGGGUGACCUUGCCACACACCGAGGGAGAACGUACAGCCGUUACUCAGAGGAGCAAGUUAGGAGGAGUCAGAGAGAAGCUCCAAUCAGAGCUGAGAGGGAGAUACACGUCAUUGUGUGAUGGAACCCCAGCAGGACCAGAGGUGCGGAGCCACUCCCUCACACACUCCUACGUUGAACUCCUCAUCACCGAGGGCAACGUCCAAUGGCACGACGACAGGCAUGCUGCCACGCGACCCGUAAGACCACCAUCAGAUAUGCCCACUGCUAAUGAGGAAGUAACGAUCAAGCUUGACGAUAUCUUCAAACCACCGCUAUCUCCGGAUUGCCCUCAAGUAAAAACCGUCCUGACGAAGGGACCCGCAGGCUCAGGGAAGACAGCGAGUGUCCAGAAGUUUGUUUUGAACUGGGCCGAGGACAGAGCCAAUCAGGAUGUCGACUUCUUGUUUGUCUUUCCCUUCAGUGAACUCAAUUGGCUGAUAGGACGGAGCUUCAGUCUGAGUGGCCUCAUCAGCCACUUCCACUCGUCCAUGACAUCGGAGAGCGAUAACCCCGGGCUGGAUCUGAGUCGGUCUAAGGUGGUCUUCAUCUUGGACGGUUUGGACCAAUUUAACCUUCCCCUGGACUUUGAAAGCAUAUCAGUAGAGUCUGACAUCAAUAAGGAGAUGCCUUUGCCCAUCCUCCUAGCGAACCUCAUCUGGUGUCAGCUGCUUCUUCCCUCCGCCUACGUCUGGGUGAUCACCAGGCCUGCGGCUGCCAGUUUAAUCCCCAUCGACUUCCUCCCCCAACAACAGUGCUUGACGGAGAUACGGGGCUUCGACGACACCCAGAAGAGGGAGUUCUUUAGAAAGAGGUUUGGUGAUCAGAGUCUUGUGCACAAAGCUAUCGCCCUAGUCAUGAAAGCUAUUGCCCUAGAGUCAUCACGGAACCUCUGCGUCCUGUGCCAAACACCGUGGUGCUGUGAGAUGUUGGCGGCCAUUUUAGAAAACACUGAGGCGGGAGAGUGUGUCGAGAUAGACACUCUGACGCAACUAUACACUCACUUUUUGCUUGUUCGGAUUGGUUUGAAGAACGAUCGAAAUGGUGAACACUCAGAAUCAAUCAGAGAGGUUGUUCGUAAGCUUGGGAAGCUGGCUUUUCUACAACAGGAAAGAGGACGCCUCAUAUUCAGUGAGAGCGAUGUGAAGGAGUGCGGAAUCGACGUCUCUAAAAGUUCCACAUUCCACAGGUUGUGUAGGCCGCUCUUCACAGGGUGUGAGAUGUACCUGGAGGAAAUGUACCGCUUUGAGUACACAGGCAUUCAAGACUACCUAGCUGCCCUGCACGUGUUUCUCACCUACACAAAUAAAAGGAGAAACCUACUACUCCAACCUACUACACUCUUUGAUCGAUUGAAAGGGACGUUCAGGAGAGCAACCCUUUUAGACCUCCACAGAUGCUCCAUGGACAGGGUUUUACGGAACACGCACGGAACUUAUGACCUCUUCCUCUGCUUCCUCCUUGGCCUCUCAACAACACCCAACCAGACUCUCUUAGAUCUAGCAUGUCUAGGGAAAGGUUUAAAGGUUACAGGCUCCAAGGUGAUCACAGAGAUCACGGCGGAAUACAUUAAGCAGGCGAUCAAGUCUGAGCCUUACCCUCAGACCACACUGGCGCUUUUCCGCAGUCUGCGGGAGCUAGGGGACGCCUCGCUGGGCAGGGAGGUCCGACGCUACCUGACCUCUGAGUCACGGUGGGGGUUCCUGCUGGAGCCUGACCAAUGCUGGGAGCUGGCAGACAUGCUUUGGGCAGGCAGGGAGAUGGAGAGGGAAGUGUUUAUGGAGAUGGAACGUUUGAGUUGGAUGCGCCGAAUGAGCAUGUGGGGCUUUUGGAGAAUGCAGACUGUACUGGGGGACAGACACUGGCAAGUCUACUAGAAAGACAUCAUUGCUGUAUGAAUGGUCUACUAAGGAGACAUCACCACAGAUUGUACUGCCACAUCUACUAAAUUGCCACUGCAGAGAAUGUUGAGGAAUUUCAAGGUUAGAGAGAUGUAUAGGUACAUUAGGAAGGUAGGUUUGAGUGGUGUUUUUUUUUGUCGAGAGAAAAUGUGAUGAUUGCAAUCCAUGUUUAUGGAUCUGAGUAGUGGGUAGUAGUGCCCACUGAAAAAUCUUAAAAUCAAUAAAUUAAUAGAUUCUUCCAACAAACUUUAUUUGCUUAGAGCUUUGUACAAACUGACUUGCUGUUCACAUGGCAGAAGUCAUAGCGCAGUUGAGGUUGGUCAUAGUGCCAAUAGACUCCAGGUAGAAGUGCCAUGUCAGAGCCUCUGUCCAUUUGUUGGGUACCUU